GUAUUGAGCACCUUGAAUUGGACAAGGUAAGGGAAGUUAUAUAAUUUUGAGCGUCAUUCCUAAAAACAAGCCAAUCCAAACAGUAUAAAGUAUCAUAAAAAACAGUUAUUUGCAUAUGAAACUAUUCAAGAUGAGCAGCAAGACAGAACAAAACCAGAGAUUCGUCAAAUUUAUCAAUCAACAACUUAUGGUACUCAAAGAAGAAGGAAAUACGAUCAAAAUGGCUGCAGAUGAUUGUAUCAAUAAGGUGAUUGAUAUAAACAUCUAAUCUAAAUAAAUUAAAGAACACUGAAGUCUGUAUUUGGUCAUAGUUAAAUUGUAUAUGAUAAAAAAAAAUUUAGGAAGACUUCAAAAUAUCUAUAACACUCAUUUAAUAUUUCAUUUCUUUAGAAGCAUUUUUAAUAUAAAACGACACGUUAUGUCAUCCUGUAAGUUGUAAUAAAUGCUAAUAAAAUUAUAAUAAUAAUAAAGUAAAUAAUAAUUUUUAUAUCAAAUAUUUAAAAAUGAAGGUGCAAAGUGAAGUAGAUUAUUGUGUUAAUGGAGGAAAAGUCAGUCAAGCAACAUGUGAAGAAAUUUCAAACAAGAUUCAUCAUGCAAUAACUUUUUUCAUUGCAAAGUCUGUGGAACUUUCCUGUAUGUAUUUGAUAAAACAACGAAAUUAAUAUAUAUAUAUAUAUAUAUAUAUAUAUAUAUAUAUAUAUAUAAAUGUAUGUAUGUUAUUAUCGCUACAUUUGGUUAAGAUAUAAACAUAGCCUAAUUGUCUUCACUUCAAAAGAAGCCAGAUUGAUCAAUGCAUUGAUCAUGGGCCCUCAAAAUGUAGAAAAAGAAGAAGACUUUUCUAACUUACUUAACUGUAAGAUUCAUAGUUAGACUGAAAUAAUAAUUUUUAAGAGUCCUAUUGUCUUUAGUUUUUGAAAUAAUGUUACUUCUUUUCUGUUACUGAAUUUUUUUCCAUCGCUUUAAAACAUUUCCUCAUUUAAAAGAAUUUUUUUUUUCAAAUAUAAUUUUUCAAGAAGAACAUUUUUCGUUUCCAAGUUGCUUUUCCGUUGUUGAAAAUAAUGUUUCAUCGUAUACGAUAUCUUGUUAAUGUUUAGCAAUGCCAUAUCUUAUCCAAAGGUCUACGUGAUGACGAAGGAGAUCAUGGACAUAAUUUGAGUUCAUCGGCACACGCUAUGGAUUCUUCAAGUACCACCACUACUCACAAGCUGGAUGCACAACACUCAAGUAAUAUGUUGAGCAGUAGGGAGGUCGCAGACGAAGCUAAGGGACAAAACGGUGAGGGGGAAGCCAUAUGCUUCUUGUUGGUAUGCUUUAGAUUAACUUCACUUUUGUUCGUAUGUGACUGUUUUAGGCAACAAAAAAAAAUAUAACGGCUAACUAACCCAUUCCUGUCUUCCUAUCGAACUGAGACGUGGAACUUAAACUAGUUUCCGAUAGCAAAACGUUAUGUCCAAUUUUCAGCCUCACCUCCUUCAACAACCGAUAAAAUCAGUUUCUGUUAGUUUGUUUUUUUUCAACGGGAAGGUGACUGAAAUAUGUGUUGUUCCAUUGGUGAGCGUUUUUGUGUGACUAUGAAUUGUUUAGCUGUUGCUAUGUGAUUUAUUGUAUUGUGAAGUGUUUGGGUUUUAAUAUGUAUUAAGUCUAUUUGUUUUUACAAGCACUAAGUUUGAUUUUUAAAAAUAAUCAUUCCCAUAACAAAAGCAGUUGCUACAAUUAUAGUAGGGAUAAAUCCCUUCUUUACAUUGCAAGAAUUCAAACACUAAUGCCUAUAAAGGAUUUAUACCAAAUUUUGUUUUUUUGGUAGUGUUGUUUAAUUCUUUCUCAAAUAUCAAUGUUUAAUUCAUUCCAAGUCAUUAACUAUUUACCAUACGUUUCUGACAGUAUUUUUUCAGGGCACAUAUUUUACAAUUGAAAAACUAAUAAUAUCCCGCAAAGAGCUUCGUAGCUACUAAAGUUACUUGACAAAAUAUGAUUUCACGAAACACACUUCACUAGUGAGAUUUUAAUUUGAUUUCAUUGCCGUACAAAAAAAUCUCACUAACAGUGUUUUGUUUGCCAGUAUCCCAUUUAGAAAAGACUUUGUAUAUUGCUCUUCUAUUUAACACACAUUUACAAGAUGUUUAUUUCACUAUUAGGCACUUGAGUUUUUCGCGUAUUUAAACAGAAACUUUGACGCCAUUCAUUAAUAAUUAUUUAAGUUGUGAUCAAAAAUUUUUCUCAUCUCUGCCGUCCAGUAAACUUCAAUAUUUGCAUUCUACUCUGAUACUAAAUGAGAACAAACAUUAAUUUUUUUGGACGAAAACACAAGGCCUGGGAUUUUACUUUAGAACGAUAAGCUGGUUCCCUGAAUAACUAAUUGUCUCUCUCCACUCUGCUUUUUAACCCAAGGGAUUAUCAUAUGCGCAGGAUGCAGCUUGGAACCAUUAGCAUCGCUAUAUUCUUUGUGUCAAUGUUGUCCGCCUACGGGGCUCCAUUUCCAGGUUUGAAUCCAGAGUUUCCUUCUUUAAGACGAUUGUUGGGGAUGUUUUAGCGUCUCCAAGAUUUGGUGGUUUUUGAGCUCCAGACCACCAGGUUUUUUGGAAUGAUUCAGUUUAGACUGCUCUGCCACCCAUCAUCCCAACUACAUCAUCUUGUCUAAUGGACGAGACGAAUAAUGGAUACUGUCUUCCAAGUAAAACACUCAAUGUAUUCGCUGUAUUCAAUGUAUUUAUAUGGACUUAAAGAAUGUUAUGCCUUUGAUAAAAAAAUAAUGUCCACUCUCCGGGAUUCAUCAAUUAUAAACACAUUGUAUUUAAUGCAAUUUUCUUCACCUUAAGAUAUAUAGUAGUGCAUGGCAUUAAACAAUGUGUUUAUGGAAACUGCUCCAUGGUUUAAGCUUAUUUCAGUCAACAUGACUAAUUACAUAACCAUCCCAUUACACACGCACAUUAUUAAGGGUUACUAUCAGAUUUAAACUUAAUUGCUACAUAUAAAAUCAUUUCUUCUUUCAUUCACCGACAAGUGUAGCAUCAGAAGCCGAUACUUCUCAUAUUUUAACGAUGAGACUAGACCUGUUAGAGAAAGCCGUGCUCUCAUUAAAAAAGUCAGCAGAGCAGGUUCAAGAACAACAAG